UGGAGUGUGUGGGGUCGGCUGCGGGACCGUGUUUUCAUCCAGUGCUCCCGUCAGAGUUCUCUGUGCCCUGGAUUUUAUUUUUUUUAAAAACCCCUAGGAUACAGAACAGCGUUGUCAAGCGUUUGGAGUGACCGUGGAUGCAGUGGCAGCAACGCCGGAUUAAAAACCCGGGACCACCAGCGCGCCGGAGUUGGGGCCCCCCGUUCAGAGUGCAGUGACUUCGUGUCAAUGACCUUGGAUUGAGCACUGUUCGCCGUACAGCAAAAUCCGACACCUCUUCGGUUUGUGAUGGCAGUAUUCCGAGGUGGUGGGACAUACUGCUGACGACCGACUGCGUUUGAACGGCGGCGAGACCGCAGCGGGGUGGCUGGCGUGUUGGGGAGCAAGAACGUGUGACCGUGGCUGCCUGGGAGGAGCCGCCUGCGAUGCCUUUCAUAGAGGACGACCUGCUAUGGUGCCCCAACACUGACGGCAAGAUGGUCGACCUCUCGUGCCUGGACAGUGGGCCCAAUGUGCUGGUGGAACCACAAGGGGAUGUUCUACAGGAACUGACGCACACAGAUCUACAUGGGCUGGGUAUCGAUGAAGAAGAGGAGAUCCUACAGCAGCUGUCUGACCCCAAUUUUCGAGAUCGAUGCCAUCUUUGCCGACUUGCAUGAGCCCCAGGGGGCACCUACUGCCGUUGCCGUGGCACCCCCACCCCCACUGCUCCAGCCACAGGAUGAUAUCAAUGGCAUGAUUCGAAAACGCCGCCGCCGCCGAAGUGACGAUGGCCCUUCAGAGUGCAAUGGACUACAGCCAUCAUUCCAAUCGGUGACUGUGAAAGUAGAGCCAGGGUUAAGUCAGGCAUCAUGUGUGAAGAGUGAGCGCCAAAAUUCAAGCACCACUAUCCACCUUCCAGACAGCACACAGGAUAUCGGCAGCCCAAGCUUGACUCAACUCAGCCCAUAUGUACGAAAAGAUGGAAGGGCUCCUGCAUACUACAGAGUUGGAACUAAGGCAGCAUCAUAUGAGAUCACCUCAUUGGACACUAGCCCCCAGGAUGUUCGGCCCAGCCUGCUGUCUCGCUGCGAACGCACCCUCCAACGGUGUAGCCCGGGUAGAGAUUCGAAGACGCUGCUGCAAAACAUUCUCCAGCACCAGCAGCCGACUUACUCGGCGCUGUCCACCCUGUGCAACCCGGCUGUUUCAUGCAGCAGCUCAGGCUCCCUUCCCCCAAGUCCUGCCGACAGCGGAGUGUCGGACGUGGACAGCAGCAGCGGAACGCUCAGCAACGACGAGUCCAAGGCACGGUUACAAAGCACCCCUGUUCCGCCUCCGUUGACUCCUGAAUCUCCAAGCCCGAGCGGAUUGGGCUACAUCCCCCCGUACUGCCAGACAGGCGUUACACCUCACGUAUCUCAGCACUACAGCAACCGGCCUCCAACAACAGUUGCCGAACUGCAGCACAUGUUCCCACCACAAGCUCACUACCGGCCGGGAGGCUCUCUUGGCUCCGUGGUGCCUCACGGGGGUAGCACCCAGGCCAGCUACCUUGAGGCAGCAGCACUCAAGAGCCCAAGCCACACCCUCGCCUACCCCACACCUCUGGCUCAGCACCAGGGCCUGCCUCUGACCCUGACCCAGUGUGGGAGCUUGCUUCAUCCACCAGGCAUCCCCACCCCAGUGAUCGCUCAUACACCCAGCGAAGACAUGGGAUACUUUGUUGAGGACCUCUCUUUCCAGCCACCCACCAAAAAGAAAGGAAGGAAACCAAAAGCAAUGCUGCACGAUGCAGGGGGCCCUCUGAGUGGCCUGGCUUCCUCUUCGUCCUCGUCGUCUCUGAAACAGCAACGCAAAAGCCGGGAGGGAUCGACCACGUACCUGUGGGAGUUCCUGUUGAAGCUGCUUCAAGAUCGUGACUACUGCCCCCGCUACAUCAAGUGGACCCACCGUGAGAAGGGUGUCUUCAAGCUGGUUGACUCCAAGGCUGUCUCCCGCCUUUGGGGCCUGCACAAGAACAAGCCCGACAUGAACUACGAGACCAUGGGACGGGCGCUCAGGUACUACUACCAACGUGGCAUCCUGGCCAAGGUGGAUGGACAGCGUUUGGUCUACCAGUUUGUCGAUGUACCCAAAGACAUUGUGGAGAUCGACUGCUCGGGGGCGUGACUGGGUGGCAACAACACCCUGCAACUGCAGAAUCUGGGACCCCAUACUACGUGUCUGUGAUGAGGAGAGUCUCUGCCGGCAACCCCCUCUCCACAAGAUAAAACAACCCCUCCCUUCCUGGCCCAAACCUGCUGGAGCGGGAUUCCGGUGCAAAAGAAGAGAACAUCAUUGCGGGAGUGGAGGCCACUCCAUGAUGACAGAGACAAUGGACACUAUUAUGUUACAAGUGAGAGUGGUUUCGCCGCGUUUCGUGCCCACAGAACCCGCCCCAACGACCACAAGUCCCAAAUGGUGCUGCAAGCCUUUCGAAUAGCUGUUGCUUGGAACUUUGUAUUGGCCUUGGCAGUCACUAUUUAUGUGCGUUCUUGAUCGGGGCUGCUGGCUUUGCCUGUGGAGGAAGGAGUACCUGUACUUUUAUUAUUUUUUUUUUUUCGGAUGCGACAUCCACUGACUGGCGGCCUACUGGUGGACAGGAAUCCAUGUUUCAAAGAUAUCAUAAAGCUAUUAUCGACAGAGUGGUACAUAGAGAUACUAUAUAAGAGAUAUACUACCUAUCACAGUUCUAUGUGGACACAGAAUGGUGUUUUCCUUGUAGGUGCAGACAUCAGCAAGAAGAGCUUCUUUUACCAGGGUUGAGAGAUGGAGAUAUAGGCCACGAUUGUCUGUCAUUGGAGCUGUCAGUUUAGUCGGACCUUUUCCAAGGCUUCGACAGGCGUGCUUUGACAAAUGUGUGUCAGCGCUUCAUCUGAAACGCUGCACAAUGUGAUCACACAAAACAGCCUAGCUAUAAAUUCCUUUCUCGGUCUACCUUUGGAAAAAAAAGGACACAAUUAGAGACCUGGCAACAUAUUGAUUAUACUGUAUGCUCAUUGCGUCACCACCAAAACGUGGCAGCUCCAAUGCUAGUAGUGCACGAAUAGUGUGCCUGCAAUUUUUACAAGUGUGCAGCUAGAAGGGAUUCCCUAGCCAUGACAUUCUUACGAUGUUCAGAUUGUGUUGCUGAUGGGAGCACUCUUAGCAGUCACUGGGCAGAACAAAAAGCACCUGGCACCAGAGGAAUCACUGUGUUUGUUGUCGUUCCUCAGAAGGCCCGAGUUCACCAUGUCUGCGCCUGGAACAGCAUUGUGUCCCGUGAUCCCCUUGUUGUGCAGAUCUUUCUGGGUGUGUCCUUUGUUCAUUUCCUGCUACACUUCGUUGUCGUGUUAGGUGCCUGGCCACUGCUGGCUGACCAGUAUGGUGUUGUGUUACAAGGAAAUCAAAAUUCUAACGAUUGGCGUCUCGCUAACCUAUUCCACUGCGUCGCUUUGCACGGACGGGCAGUGGAGGGCCAAAAAAGAAACAGAACCUAAUUCAGAAAAGUAGCAGUAUAUAGCAAAGCUGCAACAUGCAUGUUUGUUGAAGGUGCUGCGUACAGACCUCAGUGUUUUGGACACGCCGUCACAUGCCGUCCCCCGAUUGCUGGAUACAAUCCUAAGCCUUCGGAAGAAAAGGUGGAAAGUGCUUUGAAGUGAAGUGCCGACAGGAAAGUGCUUGAGACUCUUUUUGAAGUGAAGGUCUCUGUGUGAGAAUGUUGUUGAGUUUGAGGACGAGUCUGUUGCAGAGUUUAUACGAAGAGUGCAUAAAGCAAAUAAAUUCUAGUAGCGACCACUUUACACAAACCACAUUGUACAUAAGCUCAGAAUUAAUUGCACAUGCCUCCUUUACGAGUGCACAGGGUGGUAUUGGGCCCAAUGUGGCAGAGGACUGGAAUUAUUGGAGCUAAAAGAGCUUUUAUUUUUAUUUCUUUUAAAUGUGUAACUGCUUUGGGAGACCAACAGCUUUUAUGAGACUACGUUUUCCCACCACCCUUCAGUGAAUUUUAGCCCAGUCUUUCUGGCUUCAAAAGCUAAUAAUUUCUCAAAACUUGCUUAACGGCAGGCCAUCUAAAUUAAGCUUGAAAACCUAUAAGGUUGAAUUACUGGAUGUCUUGGCAAGUUCAGGUGUUGACCUCAAAGAAAAACCAGUGUCCUCGUCACAUUGUUGGGACCGCUAUGGCGGCUCAGGGGUGGCCAGAAAACACCGAAUGAUCCUUCCAGUUUACAUUAUUGUACAUAUUAGCCAAUGGCAUCAGAACAUAAGACAAUGUGAACCAAUGCUGUUCUAUACAGUUGUGUGCACUGUGUAUCUCAAGUCACAAAAAAAAACAGCAUUUUCAUUUCGGUUUACUUAAUUGAAAGACGUCCUACAGGAGAAGCAUCGGGAGAGACACUUCAGAUAAGUGUGUGCUUCAUAAGGAUGUGUUUUUCUUUUAGCUUCAUCUUCGCAAAAAUGAAUAGAUACCUGUACAUCUUGGGGGUCUUUUCUGUUUUGGUAACAUUGCUUCACCUGUGUCCCCCCCCCCCCCCCCCCCCCCCCGUUUUUCUCGGCUCCCCUUCCUACAUCCUUUUUUUUUUUUUCUUUUGCUCCAUGCAUUGUAUAAACAUGCGACAUCAGUUUUGGCAUACGUCACCUCUCCCCCAAGCGGGCAGAGACGUGGAAGUACACUUGUGAGAUUCCAUGCUUUUAAAAUAUAUUUUCAUGUGUUGUGCUUUGUACAUACCUAUGUCCUAAUAAAUUUAAUGUACUACUUUGGGAAAAA